CCGUCUAGUUAACUACUUCCUUAUUGCAUUUCUGGAGCAUCAAGUAAUAGAAUGAUGAAGAAAUCUCUUCUAAAUUAGACUGAGUAAAACAAUCUUCUUGUGAUUAACAACGUCAUGUUUUUACACUUUAAUCCCAUACGAAGUGCUCUGAUGACACGUACUUUACUUUUGUCAAUAAUGUACCUCAUUUGGAUAUUCUUACUGGAUCUUUGUUAAAUGCUAAUGUUUUGUUGCUCGGUAAAAUCAAACAAUUUCUUAUCCAUUUUUUCAUUGUUAAUAUUAAAUUUAAGGUAUUGUCGGUUGAACAAUUACAAUACUUUAUAUAUUUGUGGUACUCAUGAAUAUAGCACAGAAACUGAAACAAAAGCAUUGAAACCGAAAUAUACACUACGAGAAACUUGUGAUAAAUAUUUUGAUUUAUAUAAAAAAAUUUAUAGAUAGCUUCAAUAAUAACGUUGAACAAUUAUAUUGUGAUACCUGUCAACGGUACAGAAUUUGUUUGCGUAUUUUUUUUUCUAAUUUUUUAUACAUUCAUGUAUUUGAAGUUUUCUGACAGAUCGUUAUAUAGUUGGUACAUGUUCAGAUGAAGCAUACAAAUUUGAUGAUACUCGUAGUGACCAACAUGAUAAGUGUGCAAAAUUAACUAAUGGUGUUAAAUGUAUUGAUACAAAAUGUCAAAUUUGUCAUAGUAUACUAUCAAUUAGAAAAUCCGAACAUUUAUUUCAUGUCGAUUAG